AUGGAUCUUCCACAAUUAAGCAGCACAACUAGUACAAAUGGACUUGCCUUAGAACCUUCAAAUGAGUCUAACUUUGCUCGAAUACCUCAGUUGCUGCAAGUAUCCCAAAUUUCUGCACAUCCCACACAACCACCACCACCACCUCCUCCAGCAAGAACAACAAAAUCGGUGCAACCUUCAUCUCAUCAUCAUCAUCCAAUGAUGCUUCUGAAACCACAACCACCUCCACCUCGACCUCAGCUUAUGAUAACAGAGUUAGAUUGGAAGCACCAGGUGGAAGGCAAGUUGAAUAACUUCGAUAAUAAGCUCAAUGAUUUGAUUGAUAUCUUAAAGUCUAACCAAUCUGUUUUAUAUGAUAAUCAACAGCGAUUUGCUCAGAUACAACAACAGCAGCAGCUCCAGCAACAACAACAACAAUAUCCACAGCAUUCACAGCAUUCACAGCAUCCUUACCUUCAGCAUCCUCAUCAUCAUUAUCCGUAUGGGUCUUCCUUUUCAUAUCCUGGUUCGAGAUCGUAUUCCCCCAGUGAUCCGCAAACAACUUCCUUUGGUCCUCUACCACCAUCACAACAACAACAACAACAAUAUAUGACAUACCCAACUCAACCACUUCAGUAUAUUUCAAAUGGACCUUGUCCCCCUACGAAUGGAGCUAACGAUAAAACAGAUCACAUUCCAGUUAAAAGGAAGAUAGAAGACGGAGAAGAAGUAGAGAAGCCAAAUGAUAAAAGAAUCAAAUCAUCAAAAGAACCUGAUGAGCACUUUCCAGAUGACUUCAGAGAGGGGUAUCUUUCCAAGAAACAAGCAGAAGAGCUCUUUACUUUCUUUGAUGCCAACAUUGCACAACAGUUAUUUGGCUUUGAGAUAUCAAGGUUUUCAGUGGAAGAUAUAUGGUAUUCAUCUCCCAUUCUUAUAUGUGCAAUCUGUACUAUCGCAUCAAUGCAUCAUCCUAAUGUAGAGCUUUCUUCCAAAUCAAAGCAGUUGACGGUUUAUUUGCAUUCGUUAUGUGGAGGAGUAUUAUAUAAGGGGAAGUUCAAGAACGAUGUUGAAGGUUUCAAUACUAUUGUUGCAUUGGUAUUAUGUAGUUUUUGGCUAUCUGAUUCUCAAAUGUUCACUGGAUUAGCAUUACAAUUAGCAAAGGAAAUCGGAUUGGAUAGUCCUAAAAGGAAAAGUACCACUGGGUUAAGUAAUAAAGACAGACUUAAGCUAUGGUAUUUGUUAUAUGUUCUUGAUGGUCAACAAAGUUUAACUUUCAACAGACUGCCAUUGAUUAAUGCUGAUGACUAUUCACUUAGUCAUAGCAGAGAAAUGCUACUUUCUGAUAGUAAUAAUAUCAGCAAUACUAUUACCAAUAAUAAUAAUAGUGUUAAUAACGCCAUUGAGGAGGUACCAGCAAAGGAGGUUGACGAAAUUCAACCUAAAACUAUAUCCAAUGAAAUGAUCCUUGCUAGGGAGAAACAAGAGAGAUUCACCGAUAUGAGAUUAGUUUCACAAGUUGAGUAUAACCAAGCAUUGAAUGAAGCAUUCCGUGGAGAUGCUUGGGAGCUUCUAGCACCAUCUUCAUUUGGUAUACCGUCCAAAAGUAAUCUUGAACUUGAUAAAUGGAUGGUUAGUUGGACAGUCUUGUUAUCACCAGGUAAUUAUGGGGCAGUUUGGUCUUCUAAAUCAACAUUGAUAUAUUAUAACUUUGCUAAGAUGCAUAUUAAUUCCAGUGGUGUUAGACAAUUACGUAUACGAGAUGACGAUAAAAGUCCAUUCCCCAAAUGGGAUCAAUAUGUUAGUGAAGAACCAAACAAGCAGCAGAAACAUGAACCUCACAAUGAUGAAGUCCAUAAUAAUGAUGAUGAUGAUAAUGAUGAAAAUGAUGAAGAUGAUGAAGAAGAAGAAUUCGUUUCCAAUAGGGAACUUAUUUGCGAAGAUGAAACCAUUAUCAAUGCCAAUAUAGCUGUAAAUGCAGCCCAAACAGUUUUAAAUCUAGUAUUAAAUGAUACUGAUAUCAUCAGCAAUUUGAAAUAUGUUCCUGUUCAUAUUCAUAUUAUGUUAUACUAUGCUGCAUUAUUAUUGAUUAAUCCUCCAUUGAUUUCCAAUGAUAAAAGGUCAAAGUUUGAUCAUCUAGAGUAUUAUAAGAGAUUAAUUGAUAAUUUGAAAACCAUAAAGGCUGUACAAUAUAAGAUCAAUUUGAAUCUUCCAACAGAUAAAAAGUUUGGUACAAGAUUAAUGAAGAGUUUAGAGGAAAUUGUUUCUGAUAAAGCCAUUCAUCUUUCUGGUGAGAUCAAGAAAAGUCACAUACAAGUUGAGGAUGCCACUCCACUACUUUCUCAAUUAGAGAUCUUGCAAUCUUCUUCAACUAAUAUAGAGAUGUUUGAAGCAUCAAGCAGUAGAGGUUCAUCACCGGGUCCUGAGAAGAUCUCUGCCUGGCCAGGUUCGAACCAUGGACAUCCAUAA